GGGCCCCGCCGUCCGCCGCGGGUCUGCCCGGAGCGCCGAUGUCCCAGCGGGCGCCCAGGGGGCAGGGGCAGCAGGAGGGGCCGGAGGAGGAGGAGGAGGGGGCGGCGAGGGGCAGCCAGGCGCGGCCCAAGAGCCAUGCGGAGCCCGCGGCGAGCGGCGGCAGGACCCAGGACCGGCAUGAGAGGAAGCGGAAGAGGCAGGAGGCGCAGCAGCUUCAGAAGAUCCAGCACCUGGAGUCUUUCUAUGAGAAACCUCCCCCAGGACUAAUUAAGGAGAAUGAAACAAAACCAGAAGACUGCAUACCUGAUGUACCGGGCAAUGAAAGCGCACGAGAAUUCCUGGCACAUGCCCCAACAAAAGGGCUUUGGAUGCCUUUGGGAAAAGAAGUCAAAGUUAUGCAGUGUUGGAGGUGUAAACGUUAUGGACACAGAACAGGAGAUAAAGAAUGCCCAUUCUUUAUUAAAGGCAAUCAGAAAUUGGAACAAUUUAGAGUAGCACAUGAAGAUCCAAUGUACGAUAUAAUAAGGGAAAAUAAACGUCAUGAAAAGGAAAAGAGGAUACAGCAACUGAAGCAACUCCUGGAGGACUCUACCUCAGAAGAUGAUAGUAGUGAUGACAGUGAUGAGGAUGAUGAAGAUGGCAGCAGCUCUACUUCCUCAGAACAUAAACACAAGAAGAAAAAGAGAAAAAAGGAAAAGAAAAAAAAAGAAAAGAAGAAGAAGAAAAAGAGGAAGCGUAAAUCAUCCAAAUCUAAUGAGAAGUCAGAAUCUGACUGACAGCAGUCACCUGCUGCAUGCUCAUUGACCUCUCUACUUGUGAACUGCAAGGAAAGAUCCAAAGAACGAGGAAGAAAACACCAGAAAGGGCUUUGUUAAACUUGGAACAUACAGGUGUACGCAUACAGCAGCCUACACUGGCAUCCUCUUCUGCCCCUCUGCAGUCAGAAAGAAGAAAGCUGCGUUAAACCAUACUCAGCCAUAUCUUUGUGCUGUAAAACCUGUGCUAAGGGUCAUCCGUCCUCGUCAAGUUGGGCCUCUGCGCUGCCGUGCGCGACCAUCAGCAGGAAGUGGUGACUGUUGAGGAAUCACCGACAAAUCUGCAGCAUUAGCAGACUGUCCACUGAAGUGUCUUUUCUCCAUGAAGUUAUUUUAUUAUAAACAAAGCCUCACUGUAACAGGACUCCAGUUUGCACCAUGCAGAGCACUGGGAGUUCACUUACAGUGCUUAUAAUAAGCAGGUUGUACUGUAUUUUUUUUUUCUCCACAUACGUGCUGAAGUUCAGUGUACUUAUCCUAAUAUUGGCAGCUAGCUAAAUAAAGAGUACUGCUGAAGGGGGAAAAAGUUAAUCAAGGGGAUUUACUUUAAGACAAAAUUGCAGCAUCAGCGAGACUUGAUUUGUGUGUGUGUAACAAAACCUCAACAUCAUCACCAUUAACAUGCACAGCUCUGAAGCAUCUAAAGUUUUCUCUAAACUCUAGGAGUGGGAGCCAAGUGUAAUGAUGUUAGAUAUUCAACUUUAUCGUAAGGAGGUAGUGGUUUUAGUUAUUUAAAAAGAGGGGUUUCAUGUAAGAAAUUAAAAAGAUUAAUUUCUGCAUAUA